CCGCAGAAAUGGACGCGGCGACCGCGGAUGAAUGCGUCUGCCGUCUUGCCUGUUCGCAUCGGCUUGAAGCAAAGAAACAUGCAUCGAGCCCACGAGUACCUAGACUCCGUCUCCAAUCCGAAGUCUAGGAACUAUGGCAAGCACUGGUCGAUUGACGAGAUUACGGAGACCUUCGCGCCCAGCGAUGAGAGCCGAGUUGCAGUCCUGAAAUGGCUAUCCGACAACGGCAUCUCAUCAGUCAAGAAUGAGGGCGCCCUACAUACUCUGGAGUUCGAUUUGUCAGUCGAAGGCGUCGAGAGGCUUCUGAGCACGGAGUACUACGUUUACAGUCAUACUGAAAACGGCCAAGGUCACGUUGCUUGCGAGGAGUAUAACUGCUUGGACGCCGUCACUCCCGACUGCCUUCGAGCUCUCUAUAACAUUCCUGAGCCAUCCGACGAGCCAAGCGAAGACAACAGCUUCGGCAUCGUCGAAUACAACCCAAAUACCUACGUCUCCGAAGACCUCGACACCUUCUUCAGCAAGUACGAGCCCUCCACCGUAGGCGCCCCAGAUGUCGUCCUGGUCAACAACGGCAGCCUCGACUACUCCAACGCAUCCAACUUCAACCUACACGACGAAUCCAACCUCGACCUACAAUUUGCCAUGGCGCUUGUCAGUCCUCAAAACGUAACACUCUACCAAGUCGGCGAAAACGAGAUGACCGGCGCCGACGCCAACUUCAUCAAGACGAAACUCGGCCUGCAAGGCGUCUCGGUGCUCUUCUCAGCCGCGGAUAACGGCGUUGCCGGAAACUCGCAAGACGAGUGCGUAGACAACCGCUUCCAGCCCGACUUCCCUGCAACCUGCCCGUACGUCACCGCAGUGGGAGCCACGCAGCUCGACGAUAGCAUUACCGACAUCGCCGGCACGCUUUCCUCCGGCCGCCAGCCCGAAGUCGCCAUCAACUCGUCCGUCAAAUCCGGUGGUGGCUUCAGCGACGUGUUCGCCCUGCCCGAUUACCAGGCCGAUAUCGUAUCAGCGUACCUCAAAAACAUGCCGCCGCCUUACACAGCGGACCGUUUCAAUAACUCCGGCAACGCCCGCGCACUGCCCGAUAUCUCGGCCAACGGACACAACUACGCGGUCUUCGUGGGCGGAGCUCAGCAGUCAGUUGAUGGGACUUCUGCUUCCACCCCUCUCUUCGCGUCAAUGAUUACGCUGAUAAAUGAGGAGAGGAUAAAAGCGGGCAAGAGCUCUGUAGGCUUUCUCAACCCGGUGCUUUACCAGUACGCGGACAAGUAUAUCAAGGGUGUCACCGCUGGUAGUAAUCCCGGUUGUGGCACUGAUGGGUUUGAGACUGUGGGAGGUUGGGAUCCUGUUACGGGCUUGGGAACGCCUGACUUUAGGGGGUUGAUGGAGGCUUUUAUGGGAUUGGAUUAG